CUCUGAUAGGCUUCUCGAUCGCAGUAAGAUGCUGUCUCCCAGGUUCAUCCCCAGGUUUUUCUGGAUGCUGAUUGCCUGCCUGAUGCUCCUAUCUUGUCAAAUUCAAGGUGAAGAGUCCGAGACAGAAUUGGCUGCUCCACGAAUCAGCUGCCCUCAAGGUUCAUCAAGCUUUAAUGCCAAGUGUUAUGCUUUGUUUAUCACACCAAAAUCCUGGAUGGAGGCAACUAUUGCCUGCCAGAGGUGGCGAUCAUCACAUCUUACAUCUGUACUCAGUAAGUUGGAGGCAUCCUUUUUGUCCAGUAUGCUCAUUGGAGAAGGAAAUGAGAAUGCUUACGUCUGGAUUGGGCUCCAUGACCCCACAGAGAGAGGAAAUGGAUGGAAGUGGAGUAAUGAAGAUGUGAUGAAUUAUUUUGCCUGGAGGAAAAUUCCUCCUUCAUAUCCAAACCCUGGGCACUGCGGGGCUCUCCUGAAAGACUCAGAUUAUAAGGAAUGGAAAGAUUUGAGCUGUGAUGUGGAACUUCCGUAUGUCUGCAUGUUCUAGAAUGGUUCAUGAGAAAUAAGGAGACUAGUGUGAA